CUCGGCGUGCCCCACAUCGCCACCGGCGACCUCGUCCGCGACGAGCUCGCCUCCUCAGGCCCGCUCGCCAAGCAGCUUUCGGAGAUUGUGAAUCAUGGAAAACUGGUGUCUGAUGAGAUCAUCAUAAAUCUGCUGUCAAAGCGCCUUGAGGAGGGAGGAGACAAGGGUGAAUUAGGGUUCAUACUUGAUGGUUUUCCAAGAACUAUAAGACAAGCGGAAAUACUGGAGGGAGUCACAGAUAUUGAUUUGGUGAUCAAUCUCAAACUUCGAGAAGAGGCUCUGCUUGCAAAAUGCGUUGGUAGAAGGAAGUGCAGCCAGUGUGGAGGAAACUUCAAUGUGGCCUCCAUUGACAUUGAGGGUGAGAAUGGUGGGCCUCGAAUGUAUAUGCCUCCACUACUACCUCCUCCACAGUGCGAAUCGAAGUUAAUUACCAGAGCAGAUGAUACUGAAGAGGUGGUAAAGGAGCGAUUGCGUGUUUACCAUGAUUUGUGUGAACCAGUGGAGGAUUUCUACAGAGCACGGGGGAAACUCUUGGAGUUCGAUUUACCAGGAGGAAUCCCCGAAUCAUGGCCGAAGCUGCUCCAAGCUUUGAAUAUAGAAGAAGAUCCUGAUAACAAUAGAUCUGCAGCAGCAUAAUUUUGUGAGUGUCAGAAAUGCGUAUUAUGUAUUUGUAGCCUAUGUCAAACAUAGUUACCCGAUAAGCAUUACUGGCAUCUCUAGAGAGUAGUUCAUUCAGGGCCAUUAUUUGAUCUGGCACUCAAGAUUUGUAUAGCUGAUUGAUCAUCGAUCGCUCAAGUUCGAUGGGGUGUGCUAGUUGUAUUCUUAAAGGUAUAGCCUCUUAUGUCUCAAAGGGCAGAUGAUAAAUAACCUACGGUUGGCGGUUGAAGUCCGCUGAUAAAGGUUGUUAAAACAAGCAUGCUGCAAACAUUCUUCUGAAAACAUUAUGCAAGCAGAUGGUUUUUGUGAUA